AUGGAGCAGGGUGGAGGUGCAGGCGGUGGGACGGAGAGCCCCGGCCUCCGAGACAGCGUCAGCCCGGAGGAGAGAGGGGAGAGCCCGGCCUCCAGUGGCCCCCCGCCGAGCAAGUUGAGCCGCCUCGAGGUCAACGGCAGCCCGGCGGCUCCGCGAAUCAGGCAGAACGGCACGCAGCUGAGACCGCUGGGAGGUUUGAUGAUCCCGGUCUACUGCGUGGUGGAGCACGCAGAUGUGGGCGUAGCCGGCGACUGUGAGGGGCACGGCGAGCGCCACGCUGAGUUUGUGCUGGUCCGGAAGGACGUCCUCUUCACGCAGCUGGUGGAGACGGUGCUGGUCGCUCUGGGAUACUCCCACAGCUCAGCUGUACAGGCAAGUGGCAUCAUUAAAGUGGGCCGGUGGAAGCCGAUGCCCAUCCACUACCUGACCGACGCUCCAGAGGCGACAGUGGCCGACAUGCUGCUGGAUGUUUACCACAUGGUUACGCUGCGGAUCCUGCUGCACAGCUUUGCCCGUCUGGAGGAGCUGCCGUCAGAGCAGUGGACCCACGCCACAGUGAGGAACGCCCUCAAAGAGCUGCUCCGAGAGACCAACCAGAGCACGCUGGCCAAGGAGUGUCCUCUCUCCCAGAGUAUGAUCUCAGCGAUAGUCAACAGCUCCUACUAUGCCAACGUCUCCACCUCCAAGUGUCAGGAGUUCGGACGCUGGUACAAGAGAUACAAACGCAUCAAAGGUGAAUACAUCGAGAAGAUGUGGUCAGCGCAAGAUAAAUCAGACAUAAAAGUGGAGAGGGAUUUGGAUAUGAGCAUCAUCAGCCAGCGUCCUCCCUCUCUCUUGCCCUCCCCCACCCAUUUGAGUACCCUGGGCGGCCCUGGAGCCCUGUCCAUCAAGAGUGCCCUCGGGGACACUCAGACCUCCACCCAGCCUCACUGUCUGCCUCACCCCGCCAGCCAGCACCACCCCAGUCCUCCGCUUCGUGCCCAGGCCCCACCUCUCCUGAGCCACAGCGGGCUCCUGUCCCCCCAGCUCUCGCCUCAGCUCGUGCGGCAGCAGCUCGCCAUGGCCCACCUCAUCAACCAGCAGCUGGCCGUCAGCCGCCUGCUCGCCCAGCAGCACCCGCAGGGAGUCGGCCAGCAGUUCCUCAAUCACCCGCCCAUCUCACGGACGUGCAAGGGCUCUGGGGGGGCUGCCGAGACCGGCCUCAACUGCUCAGGGGCUGAAGUCUCCUUCGAUAUAUACCAGCUAGUUAGGAACGAGCUGAAGAGGGCCAGCGUUUCCCAGGCCGUGUUCGCUCGUGUGGCUUUUAACCGCACACAGGGGCUGCUGUCAGAGAUCCUUCGCAAGGAGGAGGAUCCCCGCUCGGCCUCGCAGUCGCUGCUGGUCAACCUGAAGGCCAUGCAGAACUUCCUCAACUUGCCAGAGGGCGAGCGAGACCGCAUCUACCAGGAGGAGAGAGAGCGGAGCACGAACAGCAACCACAACCACUCUACCAACCUCAUCUCCAACACCAACACACACAGACACACACAGACAAAGUGCAUCAUGUCGGGCGCGGAGCUGCCGCUGAAGCUGGAUUCUCUGGUGAACAUCACCUCGGGGAUCUACGACGAGAUCCAACAGGAGAUGAAGAGGGCCAAGGUCUCGCAGGCCCUGUUCGCCAAGGUGGCUGCCAACAAAAGUCAGGGCUGGCUGUGCGAGCUGCUCCGGUGGAAGGAGAGCCCGAGCCCUGAGAACCGCACGCUGUGGGAGAACCUGUGCACCAUCAGGAGGUUCCUGGGGUUACCGCAAGCUGACAGGGACCAGGUCUACGAGGAGGAGUCGCGGCAGCAGCACAGCGAGAGGCUCCACACCGUCCUGCACAUCCCGGAGCAGCAGGCACUCCACAGACAGCCUCUGCCACCUCUGACAGCUCCAUCUCCAAUCCAUGAAGACCCACAGCCCAUCCCACUGCAUGGCUCAGAAGACCGGCCCCUGCGUGGGAUGAGCCCCGGCCUCGGAGGGGGAGGGCCAAAGAAGGCCCGAUCGCGGACACGGAUUUCCCUAGAGGCCCUGGGAAUCCUGCAGAGCUUCAUCUGCGACGUGGGUCUCUAUCCGGACCAGGAGGCCAUCCACACCCUGUCCGCCCAGCUGGAUCUACCCAAGCACACCAUCGUAAAGUUCUUCCAGAACCAGCGCUACAACGUCAAGCACCACAGCCAGACCAGAGAGCCCGGCCCCGGGGAGGACGACAGGGAGAGCUCGAGCCCCAGCGAGGGAGGCGCGGGCGCGGCGGAGAGCCGCGGCGAGGAGGGUCUCUCCGCAUCUGAGGAGUCAAGCGAGGACGGGAGGGGAUCGGUGGAGGUGUUCAGAACAGGGGGAGAAGAUGAAAGAGAGGAAAGAGACGCUGAAAUGGAGGCGGAGAAGGAAGAAGGGGAUGACGGGAAAGCCUCAGGACCUGCAACUUCCUCCCUGUCCCCCUACAGCAGCCUGGACAGCCCCCACUCUGCAGAGCAGCAGAGAUAACAGCAGAGCAACAAGUCGGACUGAGCUGAGGAAAACGUUCGAUGGAACCAAAUGACACCAUCAAACUGUGAAGCCCGCACACAUUUACAUCAUCAUCACCUUUACCAGAGCUGAUGACCGGCGCUCGUUCAUACCUGACGAUGAUUGAAGUAAGGUUUGACUGAAAGAGGUGCAACCACUACCUUCAGAUGCUGCCAGUGUUAGACAGCCGCAGCGUGAUCUUUAACGCCACUGAAAGA